AUGAGUGACAUGCCUGAUUUUAAAUUCCAUCCUAUGUGCAAAGCAUUGAGAUUGACUCAUUUGGUCUUUGCUGAUGACCUCAUGAUCUUUUGUAAAGUGGAUUUGCAAUCAGUCACUAGAGUUAUGAAAGCUCUUAAGUACUUUAGUUCAGCCUCUAUAUUAGUUGCCAAAAUGGAGAGGUCAAGCAUCUUCUUGGCUGGGGUUGAUGAAGCUACAAACAAUGCUCUCUUGGAGAAGACUAGCUUUGUUCAAGGCUCAUUUUCUAUCAGAUAUUUAGGACUUCCUUUAUCCCUCAAGAAACGGAACAAGCUUGACUGCAACAUAUUGAUAGAUAAGAUCACUAACAAAAUAAAUACUGGGUGUUCCAAGCUAUUGUCCUAUGCUGGGAGGUUACAAAUACUGAAUGUUGUCUUAUUUUCUAUUCACAAUUUUUGGGGUGCCAUAUUCAUCUUGCCACAAAGUGUAUUGAAGGAGGUGGACCAGAGGUGUAGGAAGUUUCUUUACGGAGGCUCGGAGGAAAGGAAGAAGGUCAAUAUGGUAGCAUGGGAUAUAGUAUGUGUACGUAAGUGCAAUGGAGGACUGAACAUAAAAGGUUGCAAGAACUGGAACUUAGCUUCUGUUGGUAAAUUGUUAUGUCAACUGGUGGUGGAUAAGGAUUCCUUAUGGGUGAAGUGGGUGCAUGGCAUUUAUAUGAAAAAUGACUCGUCAAUUUGGGAACAUCAAUAUCCUCAGGAUUGCAGUUGGUACUGGAAGAAGCUAAAUUCUUUAAAGGAUGGCAUGAGAUCGUGGUAUACGCAGGGGAGAUACAACCUAUCAUUAGGAGGGAAGUACUCUAAUUCGAAGAGCUACUUGGCUAUCUUGGGAAGUUAA